AUGGGUCAAGAACCAUCCAAAGGCUCACUUCCCGAGUCAUCAGAAUCAACGAGUAGCUUUCCACGUGCGAAUACAGGAUCACCAUCAUCAUCAUCACCAACUUAUCAAAUUCCGUAUACAUCAUUUUCUGUUCCAAAAAUCCAAGGAGCUUCUUCGAAUGCUCUCCGAAAAUUAUCAUUGUUGACGAAUCGAGUAACAACACCUGUGGAUCAGCAGAAAAAGGAACAACAAUUAUCUACACCAACUAAAAAAUCUGGAGAUGAUAUCAUUUCAGUGGUGACUUUAAACGGGCAAGGAGAGGUGAAAGUUGAUGAGACAUAUCCAGACGCAAUUAAUGAUGUUAUUGAAUCAAGAAAUAAUGUAGAAAAGGACGAGCUAUUGAGAGAGUUAAAACAAUUAACAGAAUUUUAUCCUCUUAUUCGUGCCAAAGUAGAGACAACAAAUUCACCAUUGUCCAGUAUUUUAAAAUUUACCAAGAAAGAUUAUUUCACAUCAUCAAGCAACACAAACAAUGUUUUUACAGACCCUUCGUUAAAAGAAUUAGAUUGUAUAGAUACUAAACCAUUGGUUGAUAUAUGUGCUGAGUUUCAAACAAAUGCCAUGCACAACAAUCGUGCUGUGGCAUUUAGGCAAGACGAAGUCCUAAAGUUAUUGUCACAUACUUGUUCAAAAUCGAGCACAACUGCCAAAUUUUUGGAAAAAAAGAAUGCAGAGCUUCAUCAUGUUGCAUCUGAACUUCGAGAUGUUGAACGACUUGAUAGAUACGUAGAGCAAACUAGAAAAUAUGUGGACUUAAUUUUAUUGCAAAUACAAGAGCUCGAAUCAUUACUUCCUCACUCAGUUAGAGCUCAACUUGAUACUCCUCUUUUUGAAAAAUGCAAGAACCCAUUUGAAGAAGACCCUCAAGCGGCAGCCCUCACAGAACCAAAGCAGCAAUAA